AUGACUGAUAGCGCAGACAGUAUCCUCAACAGGCUGGUCGUCUCACCACAGACGAUACCCGAGGGGAAAGUGGUAGAGCACUCGGUCGCUUUAGCCUCGCCAACGCAGACUGAGAUCACGAGUCCGCUUAGUAGGCAGUCUAGUACACGCUCUGUCAGAUUGUCCAGCUCUCGGCCCGCGCGCAUACCAAACGCUAAGAAGCCAGUGCGCCGCUCGGCAUCUGCUGCUGCCUCUGCCAGCCCAGCACAAGCUUUCCUGUCGAGCUGGACGACAGGAGCACUCAGUGCGGAGCCAGUCUCAGACCCGAAACCUGACGAUGAAGGCCAAGCCAUAGGUUUCAACAACGAGUACAUUGUUGGUCGGACGAUCAACCAGGGCGGAUUCGGAACGAUCAAAGAGGCCCACACCAUCGACGAGAGCGGCGAGAGGGUCGUGCGUGCCGUGAAGAUCGUGCACAAGGCAGCGCAGGACGCCAGUAACCCCGAAAGCGACAAAGUGCAGCAAGAUCUCGACCAUGAAGUUUCCGUCUGGCGACAUCUAGAACAUCAACAUAUCUUACGCUUGCGCGCCGUCUACGAGACAGAGUACGCGACAUAUUGCGUCAUGGAUCUGAACGUCGGGGGCACGCUUUUCGACGUGGUCCGCAAGGCGCGCUCUACCGUUUCCGAGAAUGGCGGGCGUAAAGGGCUGGAGCCGAACCUGGCGAAAUCAUACGCUUACCAGCUAGCCUGCGCGCUGCGCUAUCUCCACGAGGACAUACGAGUUUGUCACCGCGACGUCAAGCUCGAGAACUGCUUGAUCGACAUGACCGUUCCCAACGCGGAGACGGAAGGCGGUAACCUACGCCUCUGCGACUUCGGGCUCGCGGACUUCCUGCACAGCGACGCUAGUAUCGACGAAACGGAGCCGGAGCACGCGAACGCACCGCCUGUGGCCGAACCCGCCCAGCCUACAGUAACUUCCUCCGUGAUUGGCACACUCGAGUACGCUUCGCCAAAGGGCCUGAGCGUCAACCGUAAGCUUUUCGAGACGGCCGGCGACGUGUGGGCCUUUGGCGUGAUCGUAUACGCGCUUUGUACCGGCGACUUGCCCUUCCGCCACCCAAUGCCGAGUAAAACUGUCGAGUUGAUUUUGCAGGCGGAUUGGGAUCGUCGGGCAUUGACGCAAGCUGCGGCGGGCAGUGAUGCGGUUAUUGAGCUUGUCAAGGGAUGUCUGGAGAGGGAUAUCGAUUUGCGGUUGACGAUUGGGGAGGCGUUGAAGACGUCUUGGUUUGAGACCUGUAGGAGUGAUGACGGAGAAAGGAGCGAUUUGUGGUAA